GUCUCCUCUGUCUUUAGAACUGAUAUAUUUACCUUUGUGUUGACAGACUAUUUCAUAAGUUUCUUAUUUGUUGUAUAACAGUUUUGGUAUUUUCACUAUUAAACUCUACGAAAUGCAGCUACUUCAAAAGGGUAUUGUUUUAUUGUCUUUGAUCUGUGCAGCGAUGACGGCGCCGCUCAGUUCCGGCACAGGUGAAGUUGGCUGUACAAGGCCCACCAAAGCUGAAGAAUCCCGGCUGUUUGAAGGAGACAUUGCUGGCAUAAUCGAACCUGGGGAUACUGAUGCCGAUAUUAAAGCCAAAAUAACCAGCAUCAGCAAAGCCGGAGUGUUCGCGAAACGUUGGCCAAAUGGAAUAGUUUACUACCAGAUUGCCUCCAAUUUCGACUCCGUCGUGCGGCAGAAUAUUUUGAAUGCCAUGUCCGACAUCUCGGUCAAGACAUCCAAUGCUGUACGCUUCCAGCAACGUGUCUUCGAAACUAAUUACGUUGAUAUUGUGUCAGAACCCGGGUGCUCUAGUUAUAUUGGUAUGGUGGGAGGCUCUCAGAAACUGACAUUGGGUAGUGGAUGCUAUGGACACGGAACAAUUGUGCAUGAACUGAUGCAUGCCAUUGGAUUCUAUCAUGAACAAUCCAGGACUGACCGGGAUACGUACGUCGAGAUCAAUUGGAGCAACAUUCCAGCAUUAUGGCACAACAAUUUCCUGACCUAUAACGAUGGUUCGACAUUCGGCACAACUUACGAUUUCGGGUCUAUAAUGCAUUACCAUCAGUACGAGUUCGCUGCCAACCCCGGUAUUUACACCAUUCGCCCGAAAGCGCCUUGGCAGGGCACGGCAAUUGGACAGCGCGACGGACUGAGCGCUACCGACAUCCAGGAGAUUCGAGCCAUGUACCCAGACACCCCGAUCACCCCCACUCAACCGACAAUCGUUACUCCUGGUGGCAAACGGUGUGCACGGUUGUUCCCUUCCCAGUGGUUUAUAGGAGCGAGUGUCGACCUGGUCAACGGACACAACGGCAAUUUGCAGGCGGCUGAUAUGGGCAGAAUGCAGUCGACCAUAGUUGACCCGGGAUGUACGCUGACCACUUUUUCCUCCGGUGGCUUACAAGGCGCGCACAUGAUAUAUCCGGCGUUAAACGGGGCUGAAGGUUUUUUCAAUUUUUUACCGCAGUACACUUGUAGUUCCGCAAGAUGUACCUGUGUGUGACGGCACGCCUAACGACUUAGCUUAGUUUAUUUAGCUAGCCAGCUAAAUAACGGCUUAGUACUUAUUUAGACUUACGUACCUGCAAUGCAGGAAGUGGUUUGCUUAUUUUACUCCUUUUUUGAUUUAUUUAUUUGGAAACAUGCACGGCAUUGAGUUUCGAUCCUUUGUGGGAAUUUGCCAUGAUAUCAAGCUAGCAGCAGAAGGAAUAAAGAAAUCGGUGGAACUAUU